AACUGACUAAACUGAACAAAUACAACCAUUUUUAAAACCCUAGUUGGCUAGAUUAAUAUUCUUCUUAUAAUUAGAGUAAUAUUCUUCUACUUUUACAUAUUUACCAAGUCAGACUGUCGUUAAAAAUGUCAAUGUUUUCCACCAUUGUGAACAUUCAUAUAGAUAGAUAGAUAGAUAGAUAGAUGAUAGAUAGAACACAUUCAGAAAAUGUUAUGGUGAACUGAGCGUUAACACCUGUUGGGGGAGGAUUCAUCACCAGAUCAACAGGUUGAGAGUUUGCAGAAGACAUCAGCGCACAUUAGAUCAGACCUUUCACUGAGGAACAUGCUUCACACACUUGUUUUGUUCUGUUCGUUCUGUUUGUGCUGGCUGAGUCUGAUGGGCAUGUUUGGGACUAAAACAAAUGAAAUAAUGUCAGUGAUGGAGGGAAAUACUGUUACUCUAAACACUGACACUGACUUUGAAAAACACGAAGACGACAUAUUGUGGACAUUUGGAGCUGAAAAGUAUCAAAUAGCUUUAAUUCAAAGAAAGAAGCGAAUCUUCUCUACAUCUGAUGAUGUUCCUGAUGGGAGAUUCAGAGACAGACUGAAGCUGGACGAUCAAACUGGAUCUCUGACCAUCACAAACAUCACAAUACAACAUGCGGGACUCUAUCAACUUGAUAUUAGUGGAGCAAAUUUGAAAUCAAAAACAUUCAGUGUUUCUGUCUAUGCUCGUCUGCCGGUUCCUGUCAUCAGCAGUAACUCUUCACAAUGUUCUUCAUCAUCAUCUUCAUCACAGCAGAAUUGUUCAUUGUUGUGUUCAGCAGUGAAUGUGGGUCAUGUGACUCUCUCCUGGUACAAAGGACCCAGUUUAUUGUCCAGCAUCAGUGUGUCUGAUCUCAGCAUCAGUCUCUCUCUACCUCUGGAGGUGGAAUAUCAGGAUAAAAACACCUACAGCUGUGUGCUCAACAAUCCCAUCAGCAACCAGACCACACAUCUGGACAUCAGUCAACUCUGUCACACAUGUUCAACACUGGACCCACACUCUCCUUCACAACAAGACUCACCUCUAAAAAUGCUGGUCUCUGCUGCUUCUGGAUCUCUGUUGAUAUUAGCUGCAGUCGGGAUCUUCUGGAUCAGCUGGAAAUGUAGAAGAACUGAUCAAGAAGUUCAGAAUUGUGAUGAAGAAAUAACUUAUGCUGAAACAACAUUCUACAAAAGAAACACAUGCAAAUUGAAAGUUAAAGAGGAGAAUCACGUGGAGUAUGUACCCGUCGUCAUGAGAUGAUAUUCAAACUAAAGUAUUUUUCUAAGUCCCAAAUACAACUGUGUGAUCACCUUCAUUAAGAAGCUCCUGAUACAUCCUCAGAGAUUUAGAGUCUAUGGUCGAGUUCUCAUACUGGUAAGAAUCACAUAAACAAUAACAACAAUAACAAAUUCACAUGGAUGAUUUGAUAUAAAAACAGAUAACUUCUAGCUAGCGUUGAAAGCAUAAGAUCUCACCCACGCUGCAACUCACUCUCCAAAGCCACACCUAUUAUCAGUGUUUGUAUAUGAAUAAAGUUUAAAUUAAAUCGGUUUGUUAUAUAAAAUGAUCGUGUCUUUUCAGAAGACUUGAUAUGACUUUAUAUACUUUUUGAAGCUUGAAAAUGUUCAUGAAGAAAAAUGAAGAUUAAUGACUUGGGGACACAUGUCAUAAAUGUAAAAUGUUCAUCAAAAGUCGAAAUGAACUGCUUCAUUCUGUGAAAUGUGGUUUGGUAGACAAACAUCUUCUGCAUGAGAAUGUGUCUGCUGCUGUAUGUUUGUGUUUGAUGUCUGUUCAUGAGUUUGUGUCGGAGGUGUCAGUAGUGUGACUGUGUUUAUAGCAUGUGGUUGUAGAGUGUUUUUCCAUUUCUGCCCAUGAUUUUAACAGUUUGACAGUUUCCUGUCAAAAAAAAAAAAAAAAGAUUAUCUCCAAUAAAACGAACAUCAUGUACUUGUGUCUGUGAAAUAUAAAGCUGAUGUAGGGCAUGUGCAUCUCAUUACAAAUCAAUGAUCGUAUGAACAUAGCUCUGCUAGUUUUAAAAGUUACUUUCAGCGCUAGCAAGAAAAACGUAAGUUAUUUCUAACAAUAACUAUUCUUGGUCUCACAGAUGUUUUAACGAUCAUAUCCUGUUUUGUCUGUUAAUGUCUGGAAUUUGUUUUAAGAAUAAAUGCAAUGUAUGAUUUGCUAUUGUGAUAUUUAUAGUACCAUGCAAAUGUUUAUCAGUUAAUAAUGUCUUUAGUUUUCAUCAGUUUGGUGGAGUAACUAACAUAAAAGAGCAGCACUGCUAUACACUACAUGCCUUAGUAAAAGCAUUUUGUGAUCCAGACAGACUGUUUCAUGAAUUAAAUUAAUAUUUAUUUAUUAUUACAUUAUAUGACUGCCCCAUGCAACUGAGUGAUUUCUGAAUUUAGUAUUCAAUAUUAAAACAAUAAGCAUAAAUUUGCCAAUCUUGACUUGCAAUGCUAUCCUUGAUUAGCAUCCAGCUCAGUGAAAUAUCAAUGCUUAUAUUAGGGUUAUUAUUAAUGUUCACAGUUGUUUCCCAUGGAAUUUCUUCAGACAGCAUCUAAGAUUUGUUAUAAAUUGCCUAAUAUUUAAUUUGUGCAUAAAAGAAUAUGUUUUUGUACUACAAGCAGUGUAUAAGCAUACCACUGGAAUGUCCUCUAGUGGCAAAGCCAGGAACUGAGGACUCAAAAUGAAAUAAAACUUUAAAAGGUGCAAGUUUUAACCAAUCAGAGUUGAAAUCAUAUUACAGCUUAUACACACAAUGAUUGCUGUAAUAACUCAGUGUUAUUUAGUUAUUCCAGUGUUAGUUGGUUCAGUUGUUUCUCAAUACAAUCUUCACAACAAACUCACAGAUUACAGACUACACAGAUGUUACAAAACCGUUUAUUGCCAAAAAAAAAAAAAAAAUUCUCAAAAAGUUGUAUAAAAACAUACAAAAGUUUUGAAAAAUUCAGAAAUACAAAACCAAAAGCAUGAGGACUAUGCACACACACAAAAAAUAAAAUAAAAAAAUAAAAUAAAAUAAAAUCAUGAAAAAUGAAAACUUGGCAGUAUGCUAAACUCAUAAAAUAUCACCUUUUUCCCCCACAAGGACUAAAUGUAAUGGUUUCAUUUUUUUCACAUUUUAGCAAAGAUAUACAGAUAACAAAUACAAGAAGACUAUUAAAAAUGACUAUACAAGUGUUUGUUACUGUUUUAUCAUGUAAACACACAUUUGUGUGGAAAUCGUGCAGUACCUUUGUGUUUCAUACACAUAUUUCAUCAUUCAAACACAACCCACAUCAUGUAUGCAUACAGGCAUGGGACGUAAUAGAGACUCCCAGUGAAAUGUUUCAACUACUAUGAAGUAAAUGACUAAAUGGUCUUCUAGUGUAAAGAUAGUUGAUCUUAAUGGCAGCUUUAGGUAAAAACGCUUGUUACAUGAAAAAUACAAUGUCAGUAUUUUCCAUUAAUGUCAACAAUAUCAAUUAACAACACUUACAGCAGUAGUAUAGACUCCUUUCAAAACCUAAACACCUGGGCCCGUAUUCUUAAAGAUUCUAAGAAUCCUUUUAGAGAGCUCCUAAUUUAGCUUAAAAAUUUCUAACUAGGAGUCUUAGCUUAAAAGUGAUUCAGGACCAAUCUGAGAGUAACUCUGAGCGAGGAAAACGCAAAAACUUUUAUCUUAGUGAGGAGGCGGGGCUGACCCCGUUGCUAGCUAUGACACAGUCUUUUGAAGACUGUGAUUGGUUAGUUGUCCAAGAAGGAAACAAAAGAGCGCUUUUAAGAGUAUGGGUUUAUUAUAAGCCUUCACUUUGCAAUUACAGGCGUAGUUUUUCCUGUUUUACCGUACUCUUUUCUCUCUCUCUCUCUCUCUCUCUCUCUUUCACACACACACACACAUUAUAUAUGUAUAUUCUUUAUUUUUUUAUUUACCAUGCUGUCAUACUUAACGUAUUUUAUAGGAAAUGAACAGCGACACAAUGAGGUUCUGAAAGUGCUGUAACAGACCCAAAUCAUCGCUGCUGCAGAGUUGCAUUUUUCCAGUUGCCAAAUAUGUUAAUGUAGUGAUUACGUCCAUUUCUGGCGCUAUGGCAUUUCUGCGCAGUGUCGGAGAUGUUAGCGUGUCUCUAAUAAGAUCGGUCACAAACAUGAUUCCUGCACGAUCUAAUGUGCAGCGUCUUAUUA